GAAGCAGCAGCACCAGUAACCAGUCAGCAGUCCAGUCACCAGUUACCAGUAGCAGGUUCCCCAACGGAUAUAGCCGAAAAAAUAAGAAACACAAAAGUCCAACAAUAAUGCAGUCCAGUUGUGUGUUGGUGGUCGUCGUCUUGGCCUUGGCCGCCUUGGUGGCCGCUCGUCCUGAGCCGCCGCGUGACUCUUACAGUGCUCCGCCUUCCAGCAGCUAUCAGCCAAGCGGACCCAGUGGGGGCUAUGGCGCCCCAGCUCCUCAGUAUGGACCUCCACAGCAGCCACCGGUGGUGCACAAGCACGUCUAUGUCCAUGUGCCGCCACCAGAGCCGGAGUACCAGGCACCCAGGAAACCCCUGUAUGUGCCACCCCCGCAGAAGCACUACAAGAUCGUCUUCAUCAAGGCUCCAUCCCCGCCAGCACCUACUGCUCCGAUCAUCCCCCAGUUCCCACAGAACGAGGAGAAGACCCUGGUCUAUGUGCUAGUCAAGAAGCCCGAGGAGCAGCCCGAGCUCAUUAUCCCCACGCCGGCGCCCACACAGCCCAGCAAGCCGGAGGUGUACUUCAUCCGUUACAAGACCCAGAAGGAGGAGACUGGUCCGUAUCCCAACAGUGUGGCGCCACCGGCACCCGAGUAUGGAGCACCAGCUGCCCCGCCCGCGCCCUCGGCGCCCAGCAGCUCAUAUGGAGCCCCAUCCCACUAAGGAGAUCGGAACCCAAACUGAAGUCCGAUUUACGGCGAAAACUGAAACCCAACUCCCACUCAUGGCAAACUGCAUAUAUAAUCCUUAUGUGUAUUAUAUUUUCUGAUCUGUUUCAAAUGACUUUAACGCGUGACAAAGUUUACAACGAAUAUCCCUCAAUUUUCCCCCGAAUUCUUACCUCUGAAGUUGUUUCUAAACCACAUUGUAUGAGAAUGUUUUCCAUAUCUAGGCUGUUUGUUUCAAAUUGUUUGUUUUAGUCUUAAGUCUUAGGAAUUUAAGCGAACGAUGCGUUAUACACUUUAAAACACACCCUCGAUACACUCACUGCGAAAAGACGAAAGACGACACUUAGCCUUAGUUAUCGAUAGAGAUAUCGAUCCCGAUGAACGAAACACGAUAUAUACAUGAUACAUCAUGAUUCUUUUCAUCACACAAAUGCAUUUUCAUCUAGGCAAUUUUUACCUAUCCCCAUAUUGCUAUUUUUCGCACAGCGAAACAAUCGAAAAAGCUACAAAAAAAAUGUAUAAAUGAAGAUAAUUAAUGAUACUCAAGUAUGUAUAAAUGUUGAAAACAAAAACAAAAAAAAACAUCAAUGGCU